GGACUAUUGAAGCGGCCGACAAAGGAGGGAGGUGGCAGAAAAUACCGCAAAGAAGAGGACAACAUGCAUGGCGUACCUUUUAUUUUGGACGUGGCAAAAAUAGAAUCAAAAACAUGGUUAUACAAGCUAUUUGUCAAUCCGGAAUGGCUGGAUGAUACGGUAAUGUUUUUGUACUAUAAUUAUAGAAAUAUAACAGUUUGUUUGGAUGUAAUACUUGAAUGUGAAAUAUAACAGUUAGUUUGGCUGGAUUGAUGAAUUGUUUGUUUUUGGAAAAUUUUCAGCAUAUUUUUGUAGGAAUGCACUACUUGAAUGUGAAGCAAGUGCAGUACAAGGUGAACUACCCCUACAGCACAAGUGGCCCAUUUUUUAUGCAAAUGUUGAAACGGCUGAAUGACAAGAUAGAAAAAGGGCAGGCAACGAUUCAAGACGCAACAAACAUUGCGGUCAUCGAAGAUGACAUUAUGGGUAGUGCUUCACCAUUUUCUAGGGGCUGGGCAGAUUGUGAUUUCGUGUACCUACCUCUUAACAAUAACAACCACUGGGUUUUACUGGUUUUGGACGUUAAAAAAAAGAAAAUACGGGUUUACAAUUCCAAAAGCAGAAGGGCGGAUAGUGUAAGAGACAUUAGACCCUAUGUUCCGAGCUUACAACGCUUGCUCCCAAAAAUAAUGGAUGUGCAUGGGGUUUAUGAAGAAAUUGGGUUGGAGCGUAUGGAAAACAAAGUGUUGGAGUUGGAGGCUGUGGAGGACUGCCCACAACAAGAAGACGGGGGCAACUGUGGCAUGUACGUAUUGAUGAUGGCC